GUUGUCCGUUGACAGAGUCGAUAAAACAUUCGACGUUGGCGUCGGGAAUUUUUCUGAGAUCUGCUGCUACAUAAGUUGUUUUCAUUGUUGAUUUCGAUGAAUCAAACCGAAUUGCUAAAUUAACCAGUUCGAGAAAUGCAUCGUGCUUGUUUGCAGCACGUGGUGAGUUUUCAAUGUGUUUUCGGAAUUUUCUUGUGUUUCGAGAUCCGAAAUUAAUAGUUUUUUGCCGUUUUUGAUGUCUUCGAGAUUGUAGAAAUUUUCUACGUUUUUUAGGAAUUUUGCGUUAUCUAAUUUGUCCACAUUGUUGAUUAAAUAACAAUUAAUCUCGCAGAUUUUCAGUGUACGUUCGGCCAUUGCGUAACCGGAAAUAUGUGUGUUUGUGUGUGUGCGUGCGUGUGGUGUGUGUAUGUUUGUGUGUGUGUGUGUGUGUGUGUGUGUGUGUGUGUGUGUGUGUGUUGGAGGAGACCAUAUUUUAUACAAUAUUGCAUGAAUGCAACCGAAUUGUUGGCAUCAAUCGAUUUAAAGUUUGUCCUAUGAAUUUUUCUUACUACAAAUUUCUGAAUAUUGAGUCUUUUGUCUUGAGCUUUGUUGAGUUCAUCAAUGCGUGGCUUCAGGGGCAGCCAAAGGUUGGACGUUGAUGUAUUUGAAUCAUGAUAAAUGACAUUUUUAAAGUAGUAUAUUUGGAAUUGACUAGGUGAACGAUUUGAAAGCAGAAGUUGAAAACAUGAGGCAUGAGAAGAAUGAAGCUUUCAAAAACUUAGAUCAAUGGAAAAAGAAAUGCGAAGAAGCCAACAACAAGAUGAUAUCAAUGCAGACGGAUGUUUGUCAGUACGAACGAGAUGUUAAUGAUAUAAAUGUGAAGCACCUUCAUGAAUUGCAGGUUAUGCAAAGCCACAUUCAACAGAAUCAGUUGAAGCUUGCAGAACAGAAUAAUAUAAUUGAGAAAUUGACCGAUGAGCUAAGAGAAAUGAAAAAAAUCAAAGAGGAAAACAACUUAGUGCUGGAGCAAAAGAAAUUAUUGGGACUCGAAGUGAAUAAGAUGAAAUUGGAACAUAACGAAAUGGUGAAAGUGUUAUCUGAGAAGUUUCAGUCUGAUUUAAAUGCCCAAGUAUAUAUAAUUUGA